AUGGCGGCCGAAGGUGGUAGCGAGUCACAGUUGAGAAGGAGAAGGCGCCGGGACACGGAGGAACCUGAAAAAAGGAAACUCGACGAGGGAGAGCUGGUAGUGGCUGUGGCCCAAGAGAACGAAGAAGAAAAUGAAGAGCGCUGGGUUGGGCCCUUACCUGUAGAGGCAGCGCUGGUCAAGAAGAGGAAAGUUCUAGAGUUUGAAAGAGUCUAUCUUGAUAAUCUCCCCAGUGCAUCCAUGUAUGAGCGCAGUUACAUGCAUAGAGAUGUUAUCACCCAUGUGGUGUGCACCAAGACAGACUUUAUUAUUACUGCCAGUCAUGAUGGACAUGUUAAAUUCUGGAAAAAAGUAGAAGAGGGGAUUGAAUUUGUUAAACAUUUUCGCAGUCACCUAGGAGUUAUUGAGAGUAUUGCAAUUAGCUCUGAGGGAGCAUUGUUCUGUUCCGUGGGUGAUGAUAAAGCAAUGAAGGUGUUUGAUGUAGUGAACUUUGACAUGAUCAAUAUGCUGAAGCUUGGCUAUUUUCCUGGACAGUGUGAGUGGAUCUAUUGCCCAGGGGAUGCCAUAUCUUCAGUUGCUGCUUCUGAGAAGAGUACAGGAAAAAUUUUCAUUUAUGACGGUCGAGGAGAUAACCAGCCGCUACAUAUUUUUGACAAACUCCAUACAUCACCUCUUACUCAGAUACGGCUAAACCCAGUUUACAAAGCAAUAGUGUCUUCUGACAAAUCUGGAAUGAUUGAAUACUGGACCGGUCCUCUUCAUGAAUAUAAAUUCCCCAAAAAUGUGAACUGGGAAUAUAAAACUGACACAGAUUUAUAUGAAUUUGCCAAGUGCAAGGCUUAUCCAACCAGCAUAUGUUUUUCACCUGAUGGGAAGAAAAUAGCUACUAUUGGUUCUGAUAGAAAGGUUAGAAUUUUCAGAUUUUUAACUGGAAAACUCAUGAGAGUCUUCGAUGAAUCACUAAGUAUGUUUACUGAACUGCAGCAGAUGAGGCAACAGCUACCAGACAUGGAAUUUGGCCGACGCAUGGCUGUAGAACGUGAAUUGGAGAAGGUGGAUGCAGUAAGAUUAAUUAAUAUAGUUUUUGAUGAAACUGGACACUUUGUACUCUAUGGAACAAUGCUGGGCAUUAAAGUUAUAAAUGUAGAAACAAACCGGUGUGUGCGGAUCUUAGGCAAGCAAGAAAAUAUUAGAGUGAUGCAAUUGGCGUUGUUCCAGGGAAUAGCCAAAAAACAUCGUGCUGCAACUACUAUAGAAAUGAAAGCUUCUGAAAACCCUGUUCUUCAGAAUAUUCAAGCUGACCCAACAAUAGUCUGUACAUCUUUCAAAAAGAAUAGAUUUUAUAUGUUUACUAAACGAGAACCAGAAGAUACAAAAAGUGCAGAUUCUGACCGAGAUGUUUUUAAUGAGAAACCUUCUAAAGAAGAAGUCAUGGCAGCUACUCAAGCUGAGGGACCUAAACGAGUGUCAGAUAGUGCCAUUAUCCACACGAGCAUGGGAGACAUUCACAUCAAACUUUUUCCUGUUGAGUGCCCUAAGACAGUGGAAAACUUCUGUGUUCACAGCAGAAACGGUUAUUAUAAUGGACAUACAUUUCAUCGCAUAAUUAAGGGCUUCAUGAUUCAGACAGGAGAUCCAACAGGUACUGGUAUGGGAGGAGAAAGCAUAUGGGGAGGAGAAUUUGAAGAUGAAUUUCAUUCAACAUUACGACAUGACAGACCAUAUACACUCAGCAUGGCCAACGCUGGCUCGAAUACUAAUGGAUCCCAGUUUUUCAUAACAGUAGUACCAACGCCUUGGCUUGAUAAUAAGCACACAGUGUUUGGACGAGUGACUAAAGGAAUGGAAGUUGUACAGAGGAUCUCCAACGUCAAAGUCAAUCCCAAAACAGAUAAGCCCUAUGAGGAUGUCAGCAUCAUAAAUAUUACUGUCAAGUAAAAUAAGAUUUGUCUCAUUGUCUUUGUAAAUAAAAAUACACAUAUUAAACACAGGAUUAUUUUACAUAAGGAAGCUCUUGAGAUUUAUUUUUAUAUUUUUCAUUAAAGGCCAUUUUUUAAAAA